CAGCAUACGGACUGAACAAAAUGGUCUUGGUUCUGAUUCCUGCCUCCUAAGCGAAACACCACUGUGAACUCAGCUAACUUACAUCAAUAAACUACAGUCCAAGUAAACUGCAAACACCAGCAGAACCAUGCCAAAUCAAGAGCCCACAGCAGCAUUUAAUCCUAUUUAUUUGUUUCUUUUUAUCUCUGUUGGAUUGAACAUAUUUUUAGUAUAUUCUGGAUACUUGAGCACUGAUUAUAACACAUUGUCAUACACCACGACUUGUACAACUUUGAAAGAGAAGCCUCUGGAAAACAGCACUAUCCUGCUCAUAUGGAUUUGGCCAUUUGGAAAAAAAUUUGAUUUAAAUUCUUGCAGUGCAAAAUUUAAUAUAGAUGGCUGUCACUUGACUGUAGAUCGAGAGCUUUACGAUGAUGCUCAUGGAGUACUGAUAAAUCACAGAGACAUUAAAAAUGACCUGUCAAAUUUACCCACAAAGCCACGACCCUUCUUCCAGAAAUGGAUAUGGAUGCACUUUGAGUCCCCAGAAAACACAAGACGACUCGACGGUCUGAACAACCUGUUUAAUGUGACGUUGAAUUACAGACGGGAUGCUGAUAUUGUGCUUCGUGAACAAUUUAUUAUUAAAAGUGAAGAUACUGAGGAUAAGAUUUUCCCACAAGUUCUGGACAAGAAAGACAAAUUAGUUUGCUGGAUAGUGAGCAACUGGAAUGAGAGGCAUGAACGGGUAGCUUAUUUUAAUGAGCUAAAAAAGCACAUCGACAUUUAUGCCCUUGGGAGACAUUUUGGGAAACAAUUAAGUGACACGCAAUACAAGGAAACAUUAACUAGAUGUAAGUUCUAUCUUUCAUUUGAGAACACAAACCUUCACUACGACUACAUCACAGAAAAGCUGUUCAAUCCUCUCACCCUUGGAUCAGUGCCGGUGGCUCUUGGGGCUCCAAGAUACAUAUAUGAGAGAUUUGUGCCGAAAGAUGCUUUCAUCCACGUGAAGGAUUUUUCCAGCCCUCAGAAACUGGCUGAACACCUGCUGUCACUGGACAAGAAUGUCGACGAAUACAAAAAGUAUUUUCAGUGGAGAAAACACUUUGAAAUUAAACUUGUUAGCUAUCCUGAAGAGCAUGCGUGCCGUGCCUGUCAGUAUAUAAGAACAAAAAAAGACUACCAGGUGUUUAGAAACCUUAACAAUUGGUACUGGGAUGCCAUCAAUGAUGGGACCUAAAUGGGAUGGGUUUUGCAAUUGAGGCAGCUCUUAAAACGGUUGACUGCCUGGUCAAUGCACUGAUGUACUUUCUGUGAAAUGAUAAUUCAUUAAUUGCCAAGAUAGGGAUUAGAUGCUGAUACAUCUAAGCAAAUCCCAUAAUUAUCACCACUAAAGGGAGUAGAUUUGCAAUCCUCUUUUUGCUUCCAUUAUUAUUUUUUGUGAUAACUGACAUCUAAAGCCCAAUUUAUACUUCAGCAUGGAAUGAUUGCUGUAUCCCACUGCACAUUCCGUAAACGAAGCUGAUGCUGUUUUGAGAAUUUAUAAUUCAGUGGUCAGACUUCUGAAAUGCAGCAUUUGGCAGUGGGAUUUCUAUCGUGUCAAGUUUACUUUCCGGUGGUUGGGUUUACGGUGCAUUUGUGUUUAUUGCUUCUGUAAAAAGUAGGGAAAAAAAACUUGCCUCAUUCAGGGACGAAAGUGUCAGCAGUGAGAGUUUAAGUUGUCACUUAUUAAACUUUCAAGCCCACCCCGCCCACAUUUUUCACAACUGUACUAAGCCAGCCAAUCAUAGGUCUUGUCAUUGUGAUGUGUAAUUACAUUUUUGAGAGGUGCGCAUGGUUGAAUGACGAAGGUUAUGUGACUGUGUAAAGGCUACAUGUCAACCACCUGCACUCAACAUAGAAGUAUAAAUUGGCCUUAAAGGAACAGUUCACUCAAAAUUUCAAAUGCUUUUAUUUACUCAAACUUUGCUAGUUUCAAACCUUAUUUCUUUUUGCUUUUGUACAGCAAUUAUGUGCAUAAGUAAUCCUUUUAUAUGUCUGACGUGGUCCAAACUUAAUUACAGCACGCUAGACUACACAGAACCUAAAAGGUACACUUUCAAAAUUUAUUCCAAAAA